AGUGAAGUGAGACUGGGAAAGACCAUCUUCUGAUUCAGGCCUUUAGGAAUGUCUACCAUGCACUCACACAGCUGGGUCAAUUCCCUGAGAAAUACUGAAGAAGCUGAAGCCCUCAAGGAUCAGAUACUUUGUUGGAAAAUAAGACUUGCUAAUGUGAAGGCAAUUUAAGAAUGCCAGACUGAAGAGGCUCAAUAAAAGUUUGUUGAAUAAAACUGAAUGAUAAUGAACUUUUGUUCGGAAUUGCCCUACAUAGAACCCUUUUCCAAACUUCUGAAUAUCACAGACAAAUAAAAUUUCAAAAAGCAAAAACUAAAUGGAAACCAACACAGACUAUGCAAAUUUUGCUGCAACUUAUCUGGCUGUCCCUGAAUGUCCUGCUUUUCUGGAAAACCUUCCUGCUGUAUAACCAAGGGCCAGAGUAUCACUACCUCCACCAGAUGUUGGGGGAUACUGAAUAUAGUUCCCUGUGCUAUACAGUAGGACCUUGUUGUUUAUCCAUUCUAUAUAUAAGAGUUUGCAUCUGCAAGUCCCAAACUCCCAAUCCAUCCCUCGCCCACUCCUCUCUGCCUUGGCAACCACAAGUCUGUUUUCUGUCUCUAGGAUUGUGUCUGAGCAGAGCCUCUGCAUCAGUUCUGAACCUCAACUGCAGCCUUAUCCUCUUACCCAUGUGCCGGAUGCUCCUGGCUUACCUUCGAGGAUCCCAGAAGGUUCCAAGCAGGAGAACCAGAAGAUUGUUGGAUAAAAGCAGAACAUUCCAUACAACCUGUGGUGUGACUAUCUGUAUUUUCUCAGGUGUGCACGUGGCCGCCCAUCUGGUGAAUGCCCUCAACUUCUCAGUGAACUACUGUGAGGAUUUCGUUGAACUGAACGCAGCAAGAUACCGAGAUGAGGAUCCUAGAAAACUUCUCUUCACAACUGUUCCUGGCCUGACAGGGGCCUGCAUGGUAUUGGUGCUAUUCCUGAUGAUUACAGCUUCGACAUAUGCAAUACGAGUUUCUAACUAUGACAUCUUCUGGUACACUCAUAAUCUCUUCUUGGUCUUCUACAUGCUGCUGAUGUUACAUGUAUCAGGAGGGCUGCUUAAGUAUCAAACUAAUUUAGAUACGCACCCUCCUGGCUGCAUCAAUCUUAAUGGAACCCGCUACCAGAAUAUUCACUUACCAGAGUAUCUCUCAGAACAUUUUCAUGAAUCUUUCCCUGGAGGAUUUUCAAAACCAGAUGAGCUUACCCAGAACACAUUUGUGAAGAUUUGUAUGGAAGAGCCCAGGUUCCAAGCUAAUUUUCCACAGACCUGGCUUUGGAUUUCUGGACCUUUGUGCCUGUAUUGUGCUGAAAGGCUUUACAGGCGUAUCCGGAGCAAUAAGCCAGUCACCAUCAUCUCAGUCAUAAAUCAUCCCUCAGAUGUCUUGGAAAUCCGAAUGGUCAAAGAAAAUUUUAAAGCAAGACCUGGCCAGUAUAUUAUUCUACAUUGUCCCAGUGUGUCUGCAUUGGAAAACCAUCCAUUUACUCUCACAAUGUGUCCUACUGAAACCAAAGCAACAUUUGGGGUCCACCUUAAAAUAGUAGGAGACUGGACAGAACGAUUUCGAGAUUUACUACUUCCUCCAUCUAGUCAAGACUCCGAGAUUCUGCCCUUCAUUCAAUCUAGAAAUUAUCCCAAGCUCUACAUUGAUGGUCCCUUUGGAAGUCCAUUUGAAGACUCACUGAACUAUGAGGUUAGCCUCUGCGUGGCUGGAGGCAUUGGAGUAACUCCUUUUGCGUCAAUACUCAACACUCUGCUGGAUGACUGGAAACCAUACAGGCUUAGAAGACUGUAUUUUAUUUGGGUGUGCAGAGACAUCCAAUCCUUCCGUUGGUUUGCAGACUUACUAUGUGUGUUGUAUAACAAGUUUUGGCAAGAGAACAGACCUGACUAUGUCAACAUCCAGCUGUAUCUCAGUCAGACAGAUGGGUUACAGAAGAUAAUUGGAGAAAAAUAUCAAGCACUGAAUUCAAGACUUUUUAUUGGACGUCCUCGGUGGAAACUUCUGUUUAAUGAAAUAGCAAAAUAUAACAGAGGGAAAACAGUUGGUGUUUUUUGCUGUGGACCUAAUUCAAUUUCGAAGACUCUUCAUAAACUGAGUAAUGAAAACAAUUCAUAUGGGACAAGAUUUGAAUACAAUAAAGAAUCUUUCAGCUGAAAACCUUUGAGAUGAACAAGGACUCUAAAGAAGGAAUGAGUGCAAUUUCUAAGACUUUGAAAUGCAGCUGGAUCAAACAACUGUGUCAUGCCAAAGAGUAGCAGGUUUUCUUAUUUAUGAUUAUUUAAAAUGGAAAUGCAGAGAAUGUGGCAAGAUGACAGGUCACAUUACAUGUUUAAUCUGGAAACCAAAGAGUCUCUGAAGAAUAUUUGAUAUGAUUAUUCACUUUUCACUGCUCAAAUUAAAAGAAAACUAUUAGAUGCACACUGUUCAUUUUUAUGGCAGAUUCAAGAGCUCCCUAGUAAGGUGUUGCUCACUGAGAGGCUGAUAGCUUUGGUCCUUUUUAAAUUGUUUUUGGUUGAACAAAUGCAAGAUUGAACAAAAUUAAAAAUUCAUUGAAACUCAGAUUACAUUUUCUACGUGAGUAUAAACAGAGAAGCUUUGAUUUAGAAAAGCUCCAGGUAAAUAUACUAGAAGUCUGAAAAUACAGCACAGGACGCCAUUGAUACGGGUACUUUGUGUCAGUAUCUAAUCUUGCCCACUACUGAUGCUAAUACCUCUACUUAAUAUCCGUAGACUUUAUGCUCAAUGAACCUUUUGCAGAUGUUGAUAUAAUACCUAUUUUUAUAUUUUUCUUUCUUCUUUGUUCCUUAGUCUAGGGAAAUCUGCCCUCCCUUGGCAUGUGUUAGACACAAUGAUUUAAUCGGUCCUUUCUAUCCCCAAUUUAUUUAAUCUAUUACUAUUGCAUUUUAAUGAGGAAAAUAUCAUUACUAUAAAUUAUAAAGGGACAUAUAGACUAAUAACUUUUUUCCUUUUUCAGCAUUUUGGCCUCUAUUAUUUUUAUUUACUUUUUUUCCCAGUGCAGUUUAUCAUAGCCUCUUAAGGGGCUUUGUUUAGUUUGCACUUUGAAGACCAAAGGGUGUUAUGUCUGCCAAGGUCACUGAGAUAGAAUUUCUCUCUCUUUUGUCACACAUUGGUUUAUGCUGGAGACAGUGAAAGUGUAGUUACAACCCUGAAUAGGAAACCUAUAUUUUACUCUUUAUACAGGAGGGAAUACUUUAUUUGCUUAUUGAAAUUUAAGUACAGAAUCAAGAAUAUUAUUGUUGCACUGUCUAGUAUUCUGGGUCCUGAUAAAGAAUUACUGAGUUUAAAGUCACUGUUAGGACUGUGCUGUGUGAUCCUAUCAGUUUAUGCUCCCCGGCCAUUAUAUUCUCGGCUCAGAGAAUAUAAUUCACUACCUUAAAAAUUAAAGCAUUUUUACAAUUUAGUGAUUUUCUUUUGUAGACAUCUAUCAAUUGCUAUCAAAUAUAGCACAUUGCAGAAAUCAGCAGUGUAGCUUGUCGUGCCUUUGUUAAAAUUUUGCGUGCUAUAACAUAACAUGAUAGAUGCUACUGUCAUUUUUUAGCUCUGAUUCACCAGUAGCAAUCAAGCAUGUUAAACCAUCUAGCAUUAAAUGCCCAUGAACAUAUUACUUACAGCUAUUUCUUCCUCUCCUUGGAACUCUUUCUUCUCCUUCUCCGGAAGGAAAGUGAGUCAGAAAAAGAUAUGGGAAAUGUGCAAUGUUCCUGCAGAUUUAGCUCUGAAGGCAUAUUUAAUAACCAGUACAUCUUGGCAACACUUUCUAAAAUAAAAAUAAUUUUCAUAAAAACACAUAACAGGAAAAACUGGUAAAAAGAAACUUGAGUUAGUACAGGCUUGAUAUGCAACACUCCUUACUAAUUAUAAUUUAUUUAUGUGAUUAUAUUAAUACACCUCAUUUUAGUAAAACUGGUGGAAAACUUUUCAAGAAGAAUGAUCUUUGCAAGUAGGUCUGCUAUACUAGAUGAGCUUCUUUGCCUAUUUUAAAUUCUAGUGGACGUUCCAACGUUGAGUGUUAAACAUAGGUAAUUUUUGCUUCUGUAAGUAGGAAUGAAACUAAGACUUCAUCAUGCAUGUACAAGAGAGCUUUGUUUUGUUUGGAGGGAUUCUUUCUCUGGGACUAAUUCUUGUCGGACCAAUCUUAAAACAAUAAUUUUAAUGGCAAUAAAUGUUAACAUUGAAAAGGUAUCCUUGAAAUCUCUAUAAGCUGACUUUACCUUUGCGACAAAUAAAGCAGGCAGAGUUUCUUCACAAGAUGACACAAGUUUAAGAAACAUAAUUUAUUUGAGUGUGCACUAGCGUGAGUGGCCUUAAGGAUCUCAGUUCUGGGGCUGUCAGUGACACUGGCUAUGGUGUAACUGUGGCAAUUGCUCCUCACUGUGGGAUGAAGACUUCUCAUUUGGACUAGGUCAGUAGUUAGCAGUCUUUUUAGUAAUGUAUAUUUCUGGUGUUUUUGGUUUUGGUUUUGUUUUGUUUCGGUACACGGGCCUCUCACUGCUGUGGCCCCUCCCGUUGCGGAGCACAGGCUCCGGACGCGCAGGCUCAGCGGCCAUGGCUCACGGGCCCAGCCGCUCCGCGGCACGUGGGAUCUUCCCGGACCGGGGCACGAGCCCGUGUCCCCUGCAUCGGCAGGCGGACUCUCAACCACUGCGCCACCAGGGAAGCCCAGUAAUGUAUAUUUUUGAGAACCUGAUUAAAAUGAAUACGAUGACACACCUACAAAGUAUUACAUAUAAUUUUGGGGGGCCCACAAUCUCCAAAAGCAAGGAUUCCUUUUUAAGAAACUCUGAACAAAUAAUCAUCAUUAUAGGUUUUUUUUUUUUUAUCCUAUGCCUUUCUGUUCUCUGAUUUUUUGGAUGAAACUAUCCUUUUUUUAUAAGAUUAUACUAAGACAUGAACUAUAUGGACAAAGGAAAGGAAAUUCUCUUUAUAUGCCCCAAAACAAAGAAUCCAAUGGAAUCUUCCAUGCAGUUUUUAAUCUUUUUUGGAUCUCCUGUUUUAUGUAAGGGAAUGCUGUGGUUAUUACAUAUCAAUAAUAAUACUAAACUCAGAUUCACAUACACACACACCCCAGACAUACAUUUAGGGCUUGUUUUCUGGAGUUGUUGGUGUUUUUUUUUUCACUUUUUUUUGUUUUUUUAAAUUCAAGUUAAAAGUAAAAUGACUGAUAGUUUUUUUUAUUUAGUGACUUUAAAUGCCGGUAGGGUGAUUGUGAUAGUGCAAGCACUUAAAAAAAAAAUAAAAGCAAUGUAGACAAAGCACUGGCUGAAUUGACUUAACCCGCAUGUCCAUGUUACUUGUAACCCCCCAAAUCAGUGU